GCAUGUGGGACCCAGACUCAACCGAGAGCAGAAGAGAGAUUCGAGCCUCCAGGACGGUGUUCAGACACGAGUUCAGAGCAACCAUGGCUCCUUGGCCUGAGCUGGAAAAUGCCCAGCCCAACCCCGAUAAGUACACGGAGGGGUCCCCCGGUCUGCAGUCCACCACCCCCGUGAAUGGCAAGGAGACCGCCAAGAGUGACACUGGGACCCCAGUGACCAAGAUCGAACUUCAGCCGUCCUAUUCCACUGUGGCACUGAUAGAGGAGCCCACGGGAGUGGAAGACCCCUGGGACCUGCCCGAGCUUCGGGACACGGGGAUCAAGUGGUCAGAGAGAGACACCAAAGGGAAGAUUCUCUGCGUCUUCCAAGGCAUUGGGAAAUUUAUUUUGCUUCUGGGUUUUCUCUACUUCUUCGUGUGCUCCUUGGAUGUCCUCAGCAGUGCCUUCCAGCUGGUUGGAGGAAAGGUGGCCGGACAGUUCUUCAGCAACAACUCGAUCAUGUCCAACCCGGUGGCGGGGCUGGUGAUUGGAGUGCUGGUGACGGUCCUGGUGCAGAGCUCCAGCACCUCGUCGAGCAUCAUCGUCAGCAUGGUGGCCUCCUCACUGCUGACUGUGCGAGCCGCCAUCCCCAUCAUCAUGGGUGCCAACAUCGGGACAUCAAUCACCAACACCAUCGUGGCGCUCAUGCAGGCGGGAGACCGCAAUGAGUUCAGAAGGGCUUUCGCUGGAGCUACUGUCCAUGACUUCUUCAACUGGCUGUCCGUGUUGGUGCUCUUGCCCCUGGAGGCGGCCACCCAUUACCUGGAGGUCCUCACCAACCUGGUGGUGGAGACCUUCAACUUCAAGAACGGAGAAGAUGCCCCCGCCCUUCUGAAAGUUAUCACCGAUCCCUUCACGAAGCUCAUAGUCCAGCUGGAUAAGAAAGUCAUCAAUGAAAUUGCAAUGAAUGAUGAAGCAGCCAAAAACAAGAGUCUGAUCAAGAUUUGGUGCAAGACUUUUACCAACGUGACUCAAAUGAAUGUCACCGUUCCUUCGUCUGAGAACUGCACCUCCCCUAGUCUCUGUUGGUCGGACGGUACCUACACCUGGACUCUCAAGAAUGUGACCUAUACGGAGAACAUUGCCAAGUGCCAGCACAUCUUUGCAAAUUCCACCCUUCCGGACCUUGCGGUUGGCAUCAUCCUGCUGUUGGCCUCCCUGCUGGUCCUCUGUGGCUGCCUUAUCACAAUCGUCAAGCUCCUAGGCUCCGUGCUCCGGGGACAAGUAGCUGUGGUCAUCAAGAAGACAAUCAACACAGACUUUCCCUUUCCCUUUGCCUGGGUGACUGGCUACCUGGCCAUCCUUGUGGGGGCAGGCAUGACCUUCAUUGUGCAGAGCAGCUCCGUGUUCACAUCUGCUAUGACCCCACUGAUCGGUAUUGGUGUGAUCACCAUCGAGAGAGCAUAUCCACUCACACUGGGCUCCAACAUCGGCACCACCACCACCGCCAUCCUGGCCGCCUUGGCCAGCCCAGGCAAUACUCUGAGGAGCUCCCUGCAGAUUGCGCUGUGCCACUUCUUCUUCAACAUCUCGGGCAUCCUGCUGUGGUACCCCAUCCCGUUCACCCGCCUGCCCAUCCGCCUGGCCAAGGGCCUGGGCAUGCUCUCGGCCGAAUACCGCUGGUUCGCCGUCUUCUACCUCGUCUUCGUUUUCUUCCUGACCCCGAUGGCCGUGUUCGGCUUGUCGCUGGCCGGCUGGCCGGUGCUGGUGGGCGUGGGUGCGCCCGUGGUCGCGGUGGCUCUGCUGCUGGGGCUGCUGGGCGUCCUGCAGUCCCGCUGCCCUCGCAUCCUGCCCCGGAAGCUGCGGGACUGGGGCUUCCUGCCCCUGUGGCUGCGCUCCCUCAAGCCCUGGGACGACCUCAUCUCCCUGCUGGCCGGCUGCUGCCAGAACCGCUGCUGCCUGUGCUGCCGCCUGUGCUGCCGCACCUGCUGCCUGCUGUGUGGCUGUCCCCCGUGCUGCCGCUGCAGCGGGUGCUGCCGCAGCCAAGACGACGACGAGGGGGCGCCGCCUGGCAAGGGCCCCGAGGCCUUUGACAACGUGGCCCUGAGCGUGGAGGCCCAGGAGGGGUCCCCUCAGCCUCCAGUGGACGACCCGGACUCCAAGGUCAUGUCAGGCAGCACGGCCUUGUAGGGCACCCCCCCACCCCGCGGCGGGAGGGAGCAGGGCCCCGAAUCCCACCUCUGCCUGGUAGAGAUCCUUCCCUCCUGAGAAAGGGUCAACCGCUCACCCAUCACCCUGGGCCUGCGCCGUGGCGUCAGCUCAGCCUGGGCUCCAGCCUUCCUGUGGCAGGAGCGGGCACAGGGACCCUGAGAGAGAGCACAAGACACCGUGGCUACAGGUGAUCCCGCCGCCCACCCCUGCCACAGUGGGGUUGCUCCACAGGACCCAUUUGCUAGACCCCAAUCAUCUUCCAGAGAAAUGCCCCGAGGGGAUGGAUUUAUGGAAGGUUCUCUAAGAUGCCCACAUUAAGUGUGUGUGUUAGGGGUCUAGAGCUCAGGCACCUUUUCCCAAAGACUUGCUUCCUCCAAGAGCACAGUCCUUGCCCCAGACCAGACCCAUUCCAGAGAAAGAGUGUGAUUGUUUGGAGACUUGGUGAGGACUACUGGGGUGGGCCUUGCCCUCUUCCCAGAUCUCCCCAAACCCCUGUUCGGUGUCCUCACCCCGGCAGGUGUGGCUCAUCAAAGCGUCCCUGCUGUGCCCAAGUUUUCAGGGUGGGAGCCACAUCUGAGCUACCAAGAGAGGUUCAGAGGGCACUUCGGCUCACCUCUGGGGUCUGUUUUAUCAGACCUGUUCCCGAGCAGGGCCCAUGGCGGGUGAGAGCUGGGCAUGGGGAGCAGUGGGAGGGGGAGAUGGUUUAUCUGCUGAAGGGGCCGAGGGCUCUUCAUUUGGCUACUUUAGAAGCCAGUGGACCGCUGUGUCUAGAGCCCAGUGCUGCUCUCUCGUCAGAUAAAAUCAUCCUUGUUGGGUCUUUUAGAAUAAGAUAAGCAGCCCCUGUGGGUCCCCUCAACUGCUGCCACUUUGAACCCCAGGAAAGAUGUGAGCAUGGAGGAAUUGUACCUUGUCUCCGCCUCCUCACUCUGCAAGAUCAAUGUCCGGGUUGGCUUUUUUGAUGGACAGCUUGCAUUCAUCCAGCCAAGCCAGAAACCCUUUCCAAACAUUCUCGCACAUUCCCAUAGGAUUUCCUGCCCUUCUCUCCAUGCCUGCGGAGAUCCAAACUUUCCUCCAAGGGCAGAACCCAGGGCAUGACCGAACGGCCCAUAGGAUGGUGGUCACCAGGUAGCAGGAGGGGUCCGUGUGUGGCCGUGGGUCCAAGGACUGUGCUCCUUCUUGCCUCAGAUACCUUCUCUGUGCCUUCUCCAGCUGCCUGUAGUAUUUGCACCUCCUCCCUCCACUACUCCCGCACCCUGAACAAUCCCAGUCUGCCCCGGAGAGGGAGGGGGCUUCAACUGAGUUUGGGGGGGUCGGGAGGGGGUUCAGUGCAGCCGCACUCCAAGGCCCUGCUCUCCCCCAUCCUGGCUUAUCCUUCAUCUUAGCAGGUUGGGAUACCAAACUGAGCCCUCCGCUGACCCUUACCCCGUGUAGAUACCAAUUCCCCAACAGAGCCAUUUAUACUCUAUUUAUAGCCGCACGUCUGUACAGCAUUUUUCAUAAGUUAUAUGGUAAAUAGGAGUGUGAUUUGUGUUUUAUAGUGCUCUCAUUUGGAAAUGAGGCCGGGUUCUACUAUGAAAUAUAAAGAAAGCAUCUUUGUAUAUUUUGUAAUACCGCCCUUUAAAUGUGCCUCUAGCCGCACCCAUGCCACACACCCUGUAAAUAUGUAAGUUAAGCCUGGGCAGGGCUGUGGCCCUCUUUGCACACUGAUUGUUUUUUAAAAAAAUUGGAUCCUUCUAACUGCGUUGAUUGUAUUUUUUUUUUUUUUUUUUUUUUUACUGGUUGUGGGAAGGGAGAAAUAAAAAAAGGCAAUCAAACCUCAAA